GCUGGGACAAUUGAAACGUCUUGUAUUUCUGUGUUAGUGUUCUGUGUCUUGUCUAGAGUAUUUAUUUUGUGGUUUGUCCGUUUGAAAUUUUUUAACGGCUCUGUGCAUGACGCUGGAAAUGCGAAUGUGACGUGUUUUUGUAUAUUCCUUUUUUUGAAAAAGAAAAGUCACAAAUUGAUUAUACAGAUUUAUUGACAAGGAUACAAUGACUUCAUGGUGAUUCCAAAAGGCAAAGUGGCUGUGUCUGUUAAGAUGGGGAAAAGCACAAAAACGGUGCGCGAUGUCCCAAAGCAAAAGACACCAAGGAGGUUGGCUUUAACGAAAAGCCGUAUUAACGCAAUAACCGAAGUGAUUGCUAAACCAAGUUCUGAAUGUAUAUCUUCGGCACAUGCGAAUAUUCGUGUAGUUGUAAGAAUUCGACCUCAAAACAGCAGAGAACAUGGUGACAACAGCAGAGUUGUUGUAGAGGCUGUUGACCAUCAAAUGUUAGUAUUUGAUCAAGAAGAAAAAGUUGAAGAAUUCUUUUUCCGUGGAGUUCAGCAGAAGGGUCGCGACUUCCUUAAAAAGUCUCAUAAGAACAUGCAUUUUAUGUUUGAUAAGGUAUUUCCUCCCCAAGCAACAACAGCAGAAGUAUUCCAGGAAACUACUCUGUCACUGAUUGAUUCACUCAUGGACGGACGCAAUUGUUCUGUCUUUGCUUAUGGAGCAACUGGUGCAGGUAAAACAUACACAAUGACUGGAACUCAAGAGACUCCAGGCAUCACAUUCCUGACGAUGAAAGAGCUCUUCAAGAGGUGUGAAGAAUUGAAAACCACCCGUGACUUUAAAUUAAACAUCACCUACCUAGAAGUGUACAAUGAACUUGUAAAGGAUCUGUUGAAACCUGGGGCGCCAUUGAACCUGAGAGAGGAUUCGAGAUUCGGUGUUAUGGUAGCUGGCAUUGAGGUGUGCAAGAUUGAGUGUGCAGACGAUUUGUUCAGGCUUCUGGAAGAGGGUAAUAAGAACAGGACGCAACACCCGACUGAUGCAAAUGCUGAGAGCUCUAGGUCACAUGCUGUUUUUCAGGUGUACAUUCAGAUGACGAUAAAGACAUCACAAGAGAUCCGAACAGCGAAAUUGAGCAUGAUCGAUCUAGCGGGUAGCGAGCGAGGUUCAGCAACAAACUAUGUCGGAGCUCGGUUCACAGAGGGCGCAAACAUCAACAAAUCCCUGUUGGCUCUGGGGAAUUGUAUCAACAGCCUGGCAGAUGGACUGCGACAUGUGCCCUACAGAGAUUCCAAAUUGACCAGGCUGCUCAAAGACAGUUUAGGUGGCAACUGCCAGACAGUCAUGAUAGCCAAUGUGUCUCCGUCGUCUCUCAGCUAUGAAGAUACGUAUAAUACAUUGAAGUAUGCUAGCAGGGCAAAGAAAAUCAAAACCACUGUUAAGAGGAACGUCGUGAAUGUAGAAUUACAUGUAUCCCAAUAUGUAAAAAUAGUAGAGCAGCUAAAACAAGAGAAUGAACAACUGAAGAAACAGAGACAGGAAGACAACGAACAAAAGCAGGAUUUACAGAAAAAAUAUGAAGAACUAAAGCAACAGUUGGCUUUGGCUCAAGAGGUUGAACAACGUGUAACGACAAACGUAACAGAGCCUGUAAACAUACAACCAACAACGACUUCCGAGAUUUUGGAUAUAACACAAGUGAAGUCUACAGUAGAUAAUACAUAUGUUAAAAACACAGAUGUAAUGGAGAAGGUAAAUGAGCUGGUGGAAGAGAAAAAGAAGAUUUUGUCAAGACACUUCCACUUGUUGAAACAAGAAGUUGGACUAGUCGCUAGAAGGAUAUUGAAAGAAGAAUUAGACAACAGACUGAGCGACAUAAUGACUGAUACAAAUGAUAAGGAAGAACUACGUUCUAAAUUAAAUAAAACUAUAGAUAGGUUUAAGAGGCAAGAAGAUGCAUAUAAAGAUGGCAUUGACCAAUUAGCAGUUAUCAUGAGUGACAUUGACAGUCAAUUCGAUAGUCUGACGGAAAAGUACCCUGAUUUUAGAAAGGUGAUUGAAAAUAGGAAGAAAGACUUGGAAUUUACAGAACUUGAACAUAAGUUAGAACUGCAGAAAGAGACAGCUCAAGUGGCAAUGCGGGACCAUGGAGACCAUUUGACGUUGCUAGAAAGGAUGGCGUCUACCCUCAAAUCGUACUACUUGCAACUCAAGGGCCACGGCUUGCUCUCUACAAAUGCCAUCAAGGAAUAUGAUGACAUUUUAACAGCCUUCAAGGGCAAAAAGUAUUUGACAUGGGAAAGUAACUUGGAUUCAGGAGUCAGUUCUUUGACAAGUAUUGAUAUGCCAGUUGAUCAAGUUAAAAAUACUGGCUCAAAGAGGAAGAUAGAAGAAGAUGACGAACCUGCACAGCAAAGUUCUCCAUCCAUGGACAGAACAUUUUCCAUAGCUGUUUUAAGCCCUAUGCCGAAACCAGUGAAGGAAGCUAAGCUAUGUAACUUGAACGCUCAACAGAUUAUAGCUAAAGUGUGUGGAAAGCAGAUGGCUCAGAAGUUCCAGAAGAAAGAAAACAUGCCUGCACCUAGAGCAGUUAAUGUUGUAAGGGCAAGAAGUGCAGUGAGGACGAAUGUCAAGGCUAAAAUUGAUACAGGACUAAGAUCAUUAGCUAAAUCACCAGCCUCAAGGCCUCAAAGAGGAUGUUCGAGUCCCCGUUAGCACUAGUGGCUGGCAGUUGAUCUCAGGAAUGUCAAAACGAAAUACACGGCAAUAUGAUAAUAACAUUUAUAUUCAAACUGUGACAUAUUUAUUACUAUUUUAUACAAUAACCCUCUAAUUUGCGAUCUGGAGCUCUAUUGAAAUAUCACAAAUGUAUUUAUUUUCUGUUUUUAUUGCGUAUAAAUUUUUUACUACUAAA